AUGGCGUCCACGAAGCAGUUUGCGGAGUACGUGACCACUCUGAAUGACUUUGGCAAAAAGGGCGGUGAAUACGGCCUGAAGGCGUUGGAACAGGCUGAGACGGUUGGUGUAGUCAUUCUUCUUUCAUGGGCCAGAACUCACCGCCUGAGUUCCGACCCUGCGCUGAACUUCUUCGCCGCGGUCGCGCCGCGGCCGUGGGUUGAAAAGGACCCAACGUGGACCGCGGCGCAGAGGCGGUUGGGAAAUGCAGCGCGCAGUCCGGGACUGGCACUGGUGGGCCUGGGGCAGCUGUUGAACACGGCCACCUUCAAAACCAUCGGCGCCAAGGGCGUUUACUAUGGAUCCCAAUUGGGCUAUGAAGUGCCCUGGGCCAGUGCCUUUCCGUACAACAUCGGCAUCAGCGAUCCGCAGUAUUGGGGCGUCAUUUGCUCUGUCUGGGGCUUCUAUUUGUGUCUAGCACCAUAUGCAGAUCUUUCCAAAGAGCACUUCUUGAUACCUUGGUUGGAAACCUUUUGGUACGUCACCUCGAUGAAGCUUUUGGAGCAUCAGGCGGUGCCGGGUUCGUUGAAGGUUUUGAGCUUCCAAAAUGAGUAUGAACCAGAAGUCCAGAAGCGAAAAGCUGAAGAGGGCAACGGCGGCUGGGUUCUGAAGAUGCUGGGCUUGAAGGACUACAACCAACCAGUUUUCUCCGUCACUCGCGCCAUGGCCCAAGCAGUCCCAGCGCAGCGAAUCCUUCAUCGUCCGGAUGAAGCAAGUCCUUGGAUCGCGGCCCGGCAAAAUGGCAUCAGUGGACCAGGGGUACGAGGGAUGUGGGGCAGGGGCUGGGGUGGGGUGGGGCAUGUUAACGUUCCUUGUACGUUGCAGACGUUGUUGAUGUUCCGCACCUGCCAGGAUGUGGGGCAGGGGCUGGGGUUGCGGAGUUUCAAAGCCAAAGGGGCUUGGAUUGAAGCUCUGGAUUGUUUGGCUGCAGCACAACAGAAUGCCUUAAAGAUCUCACGAAUCUCCAUGAACCUGCUUCUAGGUGCCACGGCGCAGCACAGCGCCUGGCGCCAGGCCGGGCACAUCUUCGCAGCCGUCGCAGCCGCGGCGCCGGAUGUCGUGACGUGCGGCACGCUGAUCGCGGUGCUGGGACGACGCAAGUGGCGCAGGGCCUUCCAGGCGUUGAUGGACGUGACCCAGGCAGGGCACCAAUGCAACGUCUUCGGCUUCAAUGCAGCGGUGGCUGCUUUGGAGCCUUCCAUGUGGCCCAACGCCCUCAGCUGCUUAGCCGCGCGCCUUGGAAUCACGGACUUCGUCGGGCUGGACGCGACCUCUUGGAACUUGGUGAUCUCUGCCGUGGCUGCGGCCUCUGAGUGGCAGAAGGCCUUGUGGCUCUUCAGCCUCAUGCCCUGCUGCCCUUCCGCAGCGUUCGCGCGCGACGUCAUCAGCUUUGGUACUGCAUUGCAUGGCUGCGCUCUGGGGCGUGCCUGGCGCCAUGCAGGGCAGAUGAUGCAGAUGCUGCGGGAGGAGACGUUGAGGCCCAAUGUGGUGACCAACAGUGCCGCCCUCAAGGCCUGCAGCAACUCCUGGCCACGCAUCGUGCAGCUGAUGAGAGAUGCAAGCGGCUUGAUCCAGCCCAGCUUAGUGACCUACACGGCCACUUUGAAGGCCUUCGCUGGGGCGAAUCGAUGGAGCGCCGCAGUGGCAGUGAAUGAUGAUGUGACAAGCAGAGCAAUGGAAUUGGACACGAUUUUCAGCACUGAAUUGAUUGCGAGCUGUGAUUCCUCCAAGAAAUGGCAGCAGGCCGAAACGAUCUUAGGCACUUCACAGCGCAGCAAGGUGCGACCAAACUUCAUCACCUGCAGUUCCCUCAUCUCUUGCUGCAGCACCGUGCAGCACUGGCAACGUGCUUUCUCCUGGCACAGCAACGGCCACAAUGGCGGCUCUGGAGCGCUGGGAAAUGUGCUGAUCACGGCAGCGGCACAGUCAAACGGCUGGUUCCUUUCGACCAAUCUUUUGAAGACGACCGUGAUGGAUUCCAUGGAUUCCAUGACACUGGGCUCCGUGGCAGAUUCGUUUGCGCAGCACUGGGACAGGGCCCUCUGGUGGUUCCGGCACCACGCUGGCGCCGGGAACUUUCCGGCGGCCUCGGUGGAAAUGGCGGGCUGUGCGGCGAUCAAUGCUUGCGAAAAAUGCAGCGAAUGGAUCUUUUCUCUGCGAAUCUUAUCAGACCUGAAUUCCUGGAGGAUACCUCUGGACUGCCAUCAUUUGCUUAUGGAAGUGGGGUUUGGGCUGAUCUCCACUUUUUUUCACAUCUGGAACUUACGGUGCUAAACCCAGUGUGGUAAACCCAAUAAACCUCCAAUCUUGGAGGAUUUAUAGUGACCCAGAUCCCAAAGCUCCAGGAUCAUCCAGCUGGGGGGUGAGGGGCUCCGCGGCUCCAUGCUGAUGCUCCAAUUGUCGUUUUGAAGGGUUGAAGAGUUGAACACCGCCUUUUUUUGUUGUUCAGAGCUUUCCAAGCAAAAAAAAAACAGUGGUGGUAUCAGGGCCCAAAGCCAUAGUGCUUAGAUACGAAAUGGGUCUCUUGAGGCGUAGGUGCCCAAGCAUAUGUUUGGGAUGCUUUGAAACCAGGGAUCAAUUUUGUUAUUUUGUUUAAGCUACUUUAACCGUCCCACAAAAUCCCAAAUAGGGUAAAUUGAUUGCCAGUUGAAACCCAAUAAUUGUUUGGUCAAUUAAAAUCCACAUCCUUCUUGCGAUGGUUACAUCAUGUUAAAUCACCAUGCUUGGUAAGUUAAAACCCAAUUAUUCAUGGUUAAAUCAACAUUUUUGAUGGUUAAAUCCCCUCAAAUCACACUUUUUUUCGUCACCAAGGGCGACCAGACCUUUAAUUCGGCCAUCGUGGCUUGUGAGAAGGGCGAAGGGCGGCCACAGUUCUGAGCUGAGCCGAAACCCACGAGGAGG